GUCCAGCAUCUCAAUAUUAUUUAUAUUACUUUUCAAAGACUAAAACUAAGCUGUGUUUGAGGUUAAGUGUUGUGUUGUUUAGCGGACUAACAUGUACACAGGGUCUGCCCCCUCCUGUUGCAUUUAUUGGAUUCAUCAUAAGAUAGAGCACGACGACUGAAGCAUAAAUGUUCCCAACAAAUAGGAAGAUAAGAAUUGAAUUUGUUGUGCCUGAGUUUCACCUUCAUUUUCACGUAAGAUGGUUGCUGUUUGUGAAGGCCAGAACAAGAGCCACAAAAUAAUUGUAUUCAGGAGAAUAGAAAUGUUUACUAUAUACUGGGUCAUCAUCACCUUGACUUGUACAGUCAGGUGUCAACAGUUCGACUCUACAUCUGAUGGCUUGACGAUGAGUUCACAUGUCUCGUCCACGCUGGCCAGUCAGCACACAAGUCUGACAACAAGUGAGACCAAUUCUGGGAACUCCGUUUCGACAUCAGUUGGUGAUCAGCCAGAACAUACAAGUGUUCGUGCACUUCAAGAACAUACAACACUUGAUGUUCUUCGGGAAAAUACAAGUGGUGUUCCUCCCAAUCACUGGCCUACAACAUUAGGUGAUCUUACAGAACAUACAUUAAGCGCAAUUUCAGAACUAACAACAUCGGGUAUUCUUCCAGAACAUACAACAAUAAGCGUUCUUCCGGGAGCUACAACAUUUAACACAAUACCAGAACUUACAACAUUUGGGGUUCUUCCAGAAGAUACAACAAUUAAUCUCAAUCCAGAACAUACAACAAAUGUUGUUACUCAAGAACAUACAACGUUUACUCCAGAACACACAACAAAUGAUGCUCUUUUAGUACAUACAACAGUUCGUGCUAGUUCAGAAAGUAAUACAUUAGUUAUCAGUGACCCAACUGAGAUGUCAAAUAAAAACUCAAAUGUGUCUUCAGGAGCUAUAAGUCCAGUACUAGCCACCACUGCAUCAGAUAGAAAUACUUUGAUGAACUCAACUGUUUCUCAAAGUCCUACAACUGAGCAUGCGGUUGGAUUAGAAUAUACAUCGGCGUUAAACGACGAAGUAACAGUGAGCACCAAUGUCACCUCUGAUGAAGUUAACUUAAAACAUCUAGUUACUGGUGUAGACUCAGUGGGCACAACAACACCUUCACUCGACACAACAUUAGACACAGCGGACACAGCAAUCACUUCAGCAGACACAACGCUAGCGACGGAGGGCACAACGCUAGUUCCAGCAGACAUAAAAGCUCAAACGAACAUAACGCUAGCUCCAGGAGACACAACGUUAGCACCACUGGAAACAACGCUAGCUCCAGGAGACACAACGUUAGCACCACUGGAAACAACGCUAGCUCCAGGAGACACAACGUUAGCACCACUGGAAACAACGCUAGCUCCAGCAGUCACAACACUAGUUCCAACAAACACAACACUAGUACCUAUGGACACAACACUACCUUUAACGGGCAUAAUGCUAGCUACAGUAGACACAACAUUAAUUCCUGCGGACGCAACGUUAUUUUCAGAGAACUUUUCACUACUUCCAGCGGAACCAGCUCUAUCGCCAACAAACACAACAUCAACUCUAGCGAACAUCACACUGGGUCCAGUUGAGGUUACCAAUACUCCUGAACAAAGGACUUCAUCUGGUAGUGUGGUAGAUCCAUGGAAGACCACCUUGAACCAGAAUGAAGAGAUUACAGUGUCGAUAACUUCCUUUUCGAUGCCCACUGACAGAACCGAUCAAGGACAUACAACGUCGUCUUUGAGAUUUGAAGGAUUAGAGCAAUCUACAACUCUGUCUGCACACACAGUAGUUCCACAACCUGCAAAUUCUUCCCACAUGGAGCUAGUAGUCGUCGAGAGAACAACCAUUCCGCAGAGUAGACAGAUUACAGAACUGAGAACAACAACCCAAGCCGCGGCUGCAUCAUUGGAGCACACCCCAGAACCCGUUGUUACAGAAACUGCCACAUUAGGAGCUUCCGAUGCAUACAUCUUAGAUCAGACCACUGUACCACGAAGCGUAGAUGAGUCUUUGGCUAACACAGCUGCAACUGCAAUCCAGGAAAACACACAUUUUCCAUUAGAAAGGGCAUCAGUAGAGCAUACUGCAUCAACACUUAAUACUGAGACUUCGGGAAGGACCUUAUCGGGUUUCAUGGGCAUGGGAAACGAAACAACCACGUUGCUCUCUCGGGGAAGCUCUUCAGGAAUGACAUCUAGUGAGGUUGUUAUCUUACAAACAACAGUGUCUUCCGGAGUAGUUGGACCUUUGACAAAUACAAGCUUAAUACCACACAUGUCUUCAUAUACCAUUGAAUCUCCAGCUAAUACAGGCGUUGCUUCGUACACACUUUCUAUAGAACAUAGGGCUACAUCUCCUCCCGCUAUAGGCUCAUUAACAAUCUCAGAUUUAGGUCAAGAAACGAUCGCAUCAACUUUUUACCCUGACAUUAUUGGAAUGCUACUGAAGACAUCUAAGCCCCCGCACACGGUUACAGCAGAAAUAACAAGUUCAAGUUUAAAUGGGCCAAUAGCUGCCACAGAACAUUUUGUUGCCUCUGACCAUAAGAAUGAGUAUUCUUCAAGAGUAGAUCUGUUAGAAACUGUAACAGUAGAUACUAUGACGCAUGGCAACGCGCACAGAGUUUUAACUUCAAAUAUAUUAAGAUCCUUAAUAUUGCCGACAGGCUCUGUUGAUAGGGUAUCAACACCGUCAUUGAAUGUUGGUGGAUCAGUGAUAAUGACUGGUGUUGAUACAGACAGAGUAGUACUCACAACUCCAUCAUUAUUUGUGGCUGAUUCAAGAACACUUGCUACAAAUGAUCAUUUUAUGAUGCAUUCAUCUUCCUUUCCAGUAUUAGCUACUUCAAUGUCAUAUCAAAGUGUACCUACAGAGCACACGAUUGAAUCAAUAGAUUUUCAUUCGUUGGCAAAUACAACGAGGAACAUUACUAACAGAGAAUACGCUACAAUAUUUCCAAGUCUAGCUGAGUUAGGGUGGAAGUCAAACUUAACUACAGAAACAUUAGACACAUCGUCCACUUCUCUUCAGUUUAAUAAUGAAACAUUUAAACAAACAAGUUUAGUUUCUUUAAAGGCUGAAUCCAUUGAACAUUCAGUGAGUUCUCGCAAAUCUGCUUCAGACCUUUAUACUCCAAUAGCAAUAGUUUCGAUUCCCAGCAGUUCCGUUCAUUUUGAACAAACGCCAGUUCUGUCCCCCUUAGUUAGUCACACAACUCAGUCUACUAUGUCUACAUAUCUAAACGACUUGGGUAUAUCACAGAGGCCUCCAAUACUUAUUUUUCCAAAUUCACUAAAUGAUUCAAUUUAUCCUUCGCAGACUCGUUACACAGAACAAUUUUCAGCUCCUGAAACAGCUGCCCUUAGCGAAGGAUUAAGUUUAGCUCAACUUUCUACUAGUUCUAAAGAAAUGUCUACUCUAGAAACACGAUUGUCCAGCUCUAAGAGUAGCUAUAUCUCUUCUUAUUUAUCUACCUCGGAGUUUAUCAUAACGGAUGUACCAGACUCCAAGUCUGCACCACUGAAACCGAUAGAAGCUACUUAUCGCCUCGGAUUAACGACAGCGUUGAAUAUUGUGCCAACGUUGAUCUUGGACUCAUCAGAAAGAGCUACCAUGUCGCACAACGUUUGGCUAAGUCUAAGACCUUCAGUUUCAAUGCAAGUUUCAACUCUCUUGAUGCAAGAUACAUUGAUGCAUGACUUGCUUAUGAGUUCUGUCUUAAUAUCCCCUAGCCGUACAAUAAUCUCUUCAAGCUCUGGUCUGGUCAGCAGUAGCAGUACAGUGGCGCCUACCCACAUAGUUAUUACACCAGCGCCCUUACGGAAAAAUAUCACAGUUUCCCUGUUCUUUAAAAGUGAUUGCGAGCUGGUCCAGACAUCUCCUUACAAAGAGGAGCUGGUGAUUAAGCUGUAUAAACAUUUCAACGAGCUGGUGAACAUCAAUAUCAAAGACAUCAGCAUCGGUAACCCUCAAUGUAAUCCCCAGCAGAUUGUCAUCGCCUUUCGUAACGUGGUGAAGUCAACUUUGCUGAAGUCUCUGAGUGAAAGCGGCAACACUUCCUUCACCCUCGGCCCGACUCAAAACAAAGUCUCGUUCAACAUCACGGACUUUCGGGAAGUUGUUGUCGCUCCAGAGAAGAGCGUCAACGUGGGAGACAUCGCUGUCAUCGUCUUGGCCAUCUGCAUAUGUGUCACCCUAGUAUUGGCUGGGGUGGCCGUCUUCAUCAAAGAAAUAUAUCUGAAGAAGACACGGAGAAACAUCAGUUACUCGACCGCUUCGCCUCUGACAACUAAAAAGACCGCCGGGGUCGACCCCAACGAAAAAUAUACCACAGUUGAAAUGCAGGAAGAGCAUUCGGUGGAAGAUUCUUACUGUUCCCCGUAUGACGCUGAAUAUUCUUCCAUCGGAAACGGUGAGUUCACUUCUUUUACUACUUCGGCUAGCUGCGGAGAAGGCAUCGCCAGACACUAUUCCCUCGACACUGACAAGUCGAAUGAAGAAACUAAAGCUAUAAGGCGAUCGAGAAAUCCCUUCCAAAAGCCAAAGAAAAAAAUUAAAGACUCUAAAAAAUCAGAAAAAUACGGUCUAGUCAUCGGCGUGCUUGGUUACAAGAAACAACUGGUGAGAUCCGACCCUGAACAUUACCACCAUUACGCUGUUCCCGAAAAAAUUGAACCCGGUUCUCCGCUUGAAGAUUCUGAUAGGCCGCAAUAUGUGAACUCAACACCGUCUUAUCAAACUGAAGAGGUCAAUAAGUCUUCCUUGCAAGCUUCUGGACAUUCACACAUAACUAGCUUCCCGCAGACCAAAGGUGGCUCCAAAGACAAACUGUUGAAUGAGGUCCAGGACAAGCACGUCUAUAAGAACUGUGUUUACAAUGCUGCCUUUCUCUCAGAGCAAGAUCCCGUGGAGUCGUCAUCCUUUGAAAGUGUUCAUUUCUAGUCGUAUUCAUUAAAGCAUUGACCUUUUUUGUGCUGAUUGUUUGCUUGGCUGGUAUUGCGACUGUUCAACUUCUCUCUUGCGCAAACAUGAAUGCAUUUUCUUCCUAACAGUUUGAAUUAAUUUUGUUAUUACUUCUUAUUAGAACUUUUUAAAUUCAAUACCUUCAGCAUUGUGCAAUUUUUAAAUCAAUUGAUCUUUUAACGUCGUAUCUUAUCUUAUAUAAUACAGACGUUACUUCUAACAAGAAGAUGAUUACGUCGUAUGAGCGGUGUGUAUAUGUUAUUACAAAAUAUUGUUAUGUUAUAAACGUUUGUCUCUCAAAAGUGAGAGUGUCAAGAUGUUAGACAAGAACAGUCUCUGGAUAUGACUUGAUAACUUCUCAAUUUUUAACUUUACAGCAUAUUGUAAAACCUUAUAUAUAUAUAUAUAUAUAUUCUAUAAGUUUGAUUAUAGUUUUUAAAACGAAUUCAUCGACCUCGUUCAGUCAAAACGUGUAGGAUUCAUCUCAUGUAGCAAAAGAACUAUAAACAGAGACGAAAGACUGAGCAGUGACUAUCUUACUUAUAUAUUACAGACGUUACUUCAAAAAAAGAAGAUAAUUACUUCCUUAGCAUUUCUUGUUUCAAUCUAGUCAUGCAUGUUAAUCAGUGACUUACACUCUGCUAGGUCGUUGGUUUCCCUGGCUGUUCAGGCAAUCCAUUCCAUUCUCUAAUGGCACUUGGGUAGGAACAAGAAAUGGUAAAUGGACAUGUAGUUUGGGAUCAGGGGCAUCCAAGAUUUCUAAGAGUCACUACCUCUUGAUUUUUUUUUCCUGAGGGUUGACUUCCGAAACCUUUCUAUGUUUGGGUUUAGCUGCAAGGCAGUGGAGGUUUGGAGUCAAGGUUUUCCAUGUCUUAGUUUGGUAGCCCGCCAAGGUUUAAGAGGCCCUCCUUCCGAAGCCUUCUAGUUUAGGCGCCAGAGACUCACCUGUGUCCCUUUUCUUUUAAUGUUAACAGUUAUUAGAAUUAUUAAUAGUGAAAAAAACGUCGUGCAUUCUUAUGAGGCUGUACUAAGAUUAGGUAGCAUUGACCAGUACACAUGUUAUUAAAGUAAACUUUGUCUUCAUGGAUUAUACCUAAAGGAAAAAAAAACCUACACUAUUAACACCAUUAAGUAACAGAGAUAUUUGACUGUCUUGUAUAUGGGGAGACUGGCUGCCUAACGCAAUCAGGCGUUACCUUUUUAUUGCGAUAAGGAUUGACAAUGAAAGCGAAUUGUUCUUCUCUGGCAAAGUCUGGAUUGAAAGUCACAAAAGAAGAAUGUUUUCAUCGACUCCUUAACUGAGAGCGCCAAGAAGUUGUCUGCAGGAGUACCUCCCUCUGAGACGUAGCGAAUCUUCUUAGAGAUGACAAGUCCUCAAGAUGCCCGCAAGAUCUGUCGUCAGCACCCCUUUGGCUGACAACACGAUUGGACGUAUUGUAAUUUAAUCAACUUCCAAACAUUCGUAUUUGCUUUAUCUCGAAGCGAAGGUUUUAAUUAAUUUUUUUCGGUUUCGGUUUUGGAUAGUGGCAAAUGUCAAAAUUUAUAGCAGAUUUAUCAUUUCUAUCAAUAGAAAGUAUUUUUGGUCUUAAAUGCUUUUAUAGUCGUACGCAAGUGGGUAAUUAAUGGGUUUGAGGACAUUCUGAAGCCUGUAAAGAGAUGUUGAGCUCGACUUCGUAACACGGCUCAAGCUGAGGCAUCAUUUUUCAAUGUCUAGGCCAGACUCUCAGGGCCGAAUUUAAGGGAGGGAAGGCGAGGUGACUGUCCCGGGGACUCCACAAGAGAGGGGUAACCAGAAUAAAAAUAGAGAAUCUAAAUGUUGAUGCAUCAAAACUUUUAUUUUCGCAUUUUUCGCACUACUACUCUAAUCUUACAGUUGGAAACACUGUCUUGCUCUUAUAGAAAUACAGCUCGAGAUCUACGUCAUUUUGUAUUGAAACUUUCGAAAACAAAAAAGUAGUGGUUUUCACAAAAAUCUUGCCCAAGAGGGCUCCACUUACUUCACUCCGACCCUGCAGUUGCUGGUAGAUUACUUUCCCUGUCUAGUUAUGGGCGACCAAGAUUAGCGGAUUUCGACAGUUUCAACAUCCUGCCAUAAUAUGCUCCAUUGACUCGCCUACAUUAUAUUGUCGCACGUUCGUGAUUUAUCAAUCAUUGCGAGUUUCAGGAGAAGCAUUUCGUCAUUUCUAGAUCGGAAAACUUGAGCUUCGUUAUUAAACCAAAUUAGACCGUUGUGUGUUUUGAAUUCAAUAGUUGUCGAACUUGUGACGUUUGUAUAGACUAGCAAAUGUGAAAGUAUUUGUUCUCAAGUUUCUAUUGUUGUUUAAAUAAAAAUGUUCUGAUAACUUAGAUUAACUUUUAAAAUGCAUUGUUUAAGGAAAGAAUGUACCAAAUAAAUUGGUCAGGUCAUGUGACAGUGAAGAUGAGCUUGAUAUAAGUGGACAAUGACAAAGGGAAGGUGUCUAUAUAGCAACUUUCGUUUUAUUACACCUGCUCAAAUGUUAAACAAACUUUAGUAAACUCCAUUAAAACUAUUCAAUAUUCAAAAUUAUAUAGACCAAGUUAGAGAAAUGUAACUAUCACAUAUAAUAUCGGAAACAUUUACUCUUAUUGACACUCGGUGAUGGCAAUUUUAGCACAUUU